GGCACGCUGAAAAUCACUGAAAAGUGUUCAUUUUCUCCGCUCACCCCGGCUAAAUUGCGCUUAGCCAGUUGAUUGUGUGCCUGCACCGCCAAAAAGGGAAACAAUUUCACCCCGCCGAGCACACCCCGGGUGCGUCAAGCACGAGGCCACCGGUUUGAACGCGUUCGAACCUGUCACACCGAAGGGUUGCGUGCAUGUUUGUGUAUGCGUGCGUGCGUGUGUGCACUGUUCCUUCAACGCCGGAGACACACGGUGUGCGUGUGUGCAGCAAAGCAAAACUCGACGAGCGGUCAGCGACGACGAGCUACUUGGACGCAGGCUUUUCCCUUCUCGGCACAACCGUACACGUUUUUUUGUUGCACUUUUCCUUUGUUGCUGUGCGCUGUCCCCCCGCAGCCGGCUCCCGGUCCAGGUGGCAACCGUUUUGCGACGCAAAAUAUCACCAGCCAAAGGGUCGUGUACACCAGUGAGCGCCGCGUGGUAGUGUUUCCGCUCGUCGACGCGCCUCCAUCCCCUCGACAAGCCAAACACCGUGUGUGUGUGAGUGUGCUGUGUGCCGUGUGCGCGCCGUGUCAGCUUACGUCGUGCCGGGAACCGUUUCCGGAGACCGACAGGCUCGUGCCGGAAGAAACCGGAGCCGGGUGGCAACAGCGCUGAACGGCCUCGAGACUAAUUGACGCGUGCACGCGUUCCGCGUUAACGGCGGGGACCAUAUUGCGCAAGGGCAACACUUCCAGCAACCCCCUCUCACCACCCCCGGGCCGGACCGCACGCCCAUCAACCGGCAGCCACCUCGCAGCAAUCAACAACACGACGCGACGCAACAAUGAGCGAAAGCACAUCGACCGCGACGACGUCGGCCGCGAGCAGCGCGGAGGACAACGCGCGCAAGGUGCAACAGUACAAAGACAACCUGAUCAGCCGCGCCGAAACACUCAUCACGAAAGAGUUUCCCGAGCGGAUCGUGCGCCUGAACGCCCUGCUCGACACGCCGCAGUUCUCCGAGCGCAGCUUCACCGACGUCUAUCAGGAGCUGAACAUUCCAGUCCCGGAACCGAUCCUGGUGGAAGGGGAGGAAGGCAGUGAGCGGAAGCGCCCGCGGCUCAACUCGAACACGCCCAGCCCGGCGGCCACGGUCGACGGCAACGGCACGAAGGUGCACGCCCUGCCGACCGGGCGGGUCGAGUGCAACAAACCGAUCGGCGAGCUGGUCUGCAUCGUGAAGCCGAUCAUCCGCGCGCUGGUCGAGGACUCGAAUCUGCUCAAGAUGUGGAUCUCCUUCAUGAUACCGAAGAUCGAGGACGGCAACAACUUCGGCGUCUCGAUCCAGGAGGACACGCUCGCCGAGAUCCAGUCGGUCGAGACGGAGGCGGCCGCCUUCUUCGACCAGAUCUCGCGCUACUUCGUGUCGCGCGCGAAGGUCGUGUCGAAGGUGGCCAAAUACCCGCACAUCGACGACUACCGGCGGGCGGUCGCCGAGCUGGACGAGAAGGAGUUCCUCAGCCUGUGGCUGGUGCUGAGCGAGAUCCGGAAUCGCUACUGCUCGCUGCACGACAUCGUCAUCAAGAACAUGGAGAAGCUGAAGAAGCCCCGCUCCUCCAAUGCGGACAGUUUGUACUAAAAACAACAACAGCAUCAAAAAUGGGGGAGGGAAAGGGUUUUUGUUGACCUCGGUCACACUGUUCCCACCACUCCCCAGCACUUCCCUACUUCUUUUCUGAAACAAAAACACACACACACACACACACACAAACACACGUGCCAGUGUGUUUGGGCUCCGCUGAUCAAUCUGACCUGCAAAAGCUGCAUCUUGGCGGCGGGCAAUUCAAAUU